CAACCCCAACAACAACCAGUAGUACCAUUGCAACAACCACAGCAGCCUCUACAGCCAGGAGGAAACUCAUUAUCUGUUUCUGCUGUUCCUCCGGCCGCUGGUACUGGAGCUGGUAUGGGAGUAUCAUCAUUACAGCAAUCCCAACAACAACCAGCAGUACCAUUACAACAACCACAGCAGUCUCUACAGCCAGCAGGAAACUCAUUAUCUGUUUCUGCUGUUCCUCCGGUCACUGGUACUGGCGCUGGUAUGGGAGUAUCAUCAUUACAGCAAUCCCAACAACAACCAGCAGUACCAGUAGCAGCGCAUUCUACGGGAGGAGCUGCGGGUUCCUCUCCUGAACCAACGCCUGCUGAUGUGAUUAACGUGCUGCGAGAAAAGCUUCUUUUGGAGAAGGCUGAUGCUUAUGUGCGAAACUUAGAACAACAGAGAGAGGAAGAAGAACGACUCUCUCGUGAAAGGGAAGAGCGUCUUUUAUUCUAUAAACAAGGAGAGAUGGUGGCACUCUUGACUCGUCUACGGCAGGAGGAUCAUGAAAUGUUGGAAGCCAUGUAUGAAACAAUUACGCACAAAGAAGAAGUGGUGGGGGCUCCACAUAUUUCACAUCCCAUCAUUUAUCAACAACAACAACAACAAAAACAAGAGACUUCUUCUCGCCCGUCAACAACAAUGCACACGUCUGGAUCGCAAAAUGUACCACUGUUUCCACCAGGAGUGAUGGCAGCCUAUAGUGCAGAUGUAAGCAAAGUACCCCCAUCACAGUCAGAACUCAAAGAAUCACAACAACAAGAACAGAGACAAUCAAUCUACAGUAUACCACCGCCGUUACAAACUCCAUCUGCUGUACCAUCAUCAUUAUUAUCACAAGCACAAAAGGAAACAGUCACAGUAAAAGGGCAAGAACAACAACCACAGCCAUUACCACCACCGCCAGUUAUUAAUAGACCAACACCCCUACAACCUCCAUCUACAACAACUCCGCCAAUAUCACAGGUGAGAUCUGAAGAACCAAAACGAGAUGUAUCCGUUUCCGUAAAUACAGUGGAUUCCCCAUGGGACGCAACAGAUGGUUCAAUGAAGGCAUGGGUAGAUCGACACUUUGGUUCCACACUGGAUCCACAGCAUCGUGCCCUUCUUCAUCAUGUAUUACUCUCAAGAGAAGCUGAAAUGCGGCGAGUAUUGGCUGCGGAAUCACAAUGUAAACAGCUUGAGACGCAACUCAACGCUUUGAAAAGGCCUGAUGUGUCAAGAACGGAAACAGAUGGGAAAGACCCAAUAAGUAUGAGUCCAAGACAACAUGAACAGGAGAAUGAAUUGACACGUGCGCUUGCUCUUUUAUACGCAAAGGAGGAAGAACUUAAAGCUGUACGAAAAAUUCAACGUGAACAAGAAGCAAAAUUGGAGGAAGUAACCCGUUCUUGGCGGCCUCCGACAGUCCAAAUAUCUGGAGUUUCAACUAGCCGUGAGAAACAGCUUCAAGAAGAAGAAGAAGAACGUCGUUGGAGACAACGCUAUCAAUCUAUUGAACAGCAACAUCGCUUUAGUGUUCAACGCUUAGAAGAGCUCCAGGCGUAUAUUGAGCAAUUACGCAGUAGUGCCCAACAGGCUGUUAUGAACGUUGCCUCCUCCUCCUCAUCAGCUGCGAAUCUCCAACCACGUUCAACAGGUACAACGACAGUGUGGAUGUCUUCUGUUAGUGGCUCAGCUCCUACAUGUUGUAUGGAGGAAAGAACACCAUUCAACAGUGUCUCUCUUGGACAGACCUCUUCUGGAAUGCAGAACUUUACAUCCUUAUCUAAUCAGAAAACAGGGGACAUGUUUACUUCAGUCCCAGAACAGCAAAAGGUAUCUUUUGGUAUUCCCAAUAAUACACCACUACCGGUGAUGUCUGGUGUAAAUAACUCUUCUGCAGUUCCUCCUACUGCUGCUUCUGGUGGUAAUAGUGAUAGUGUUGACCGUGCGACUGCACUGCAGCAAUUACGUUCAGAGCUUGAGGCUGAGUGUGGACGGUUUGCAGAUGAGACGCAACGCUGGCACAAGUACGUAGAGAAUCAAAAUGAGCGAUUCUCAAAUCUUCGUAAACGGUGA